GAGAAUCUGGUGGCCGUUGCCCUCGGGGCCCUGGGUGGGAUGGCCAUCCAUCGCGGAUUGUUCAUCCACGGCGAGUGGCAUAUCCAAGCGCCGACUAUUCUGCUCGCCCAUCUGGGUGUGUUUGCACUGGUUAUUGUCUGCUAUCAUGUAGCUACAGAGCAUGGGGAUACGUUUUCAUACGAUGUGCCCUGCCUGUUCGCCGCUGGUUACCUGGUCUCGCUGUUUGCCAGCAUGACCGUCUACCGAGUCUUCUUCCACCGGCUGUCGGGGUUUGACGGUCCUUUCUGGGCCCGAAUCACCAAGCUCUGGCAUGUGUGGAAAGUGCGCGACGCGCAGAAUCAUGUGUUGCUGGGUGGUUUGCACGAGAGGUAUGGGGACUUUAUCCGCACCGGCCCCAGCGAGAUUACGGUCGUGCACCCCGACGCCUUCAUGGUGGUUGAUGGUCCGCAGACCAAAUGCAUCAAGGCCGAAUGGUACGACCUGUUGCAUCCAGGCCUGGCCCUGGUGACGACCCGCGACAAGAAGAUCCACGCCGCGCGCCGUCGGCAGUGGAAUCGCGGGUUUUCCUCGCAGUCCCUCCGCCAAUACGAAGAAAAAGUCCUCUUCUACCUCGGCCAACUAGACGAGAUCAUCGAGAGGGAGGCCCAGACCGGGCAAAUCUGCGAGAUGACCGAUCUCUUCUACUGGUUCGGGUUCGACGCGAUGGGCGACUUCGUCUUCAACAAGUCAUUCGAUAUGCUGCACGACCAGCAAUGGCACCACAUGAUCGUCAUCCUGCAGCGGGCGCUGGAUAUCCUGGGCCCGCUGAGUCCGGUCCCCUGGCUGAUCCAGAUCGCGUUCAAGUUCUUCCCCAACUUCUGGGUUAUCAAGUAUUGGUUUACCAUGAAGGCGUGGUGUGAGGAGCAGAUGCGGGAGCGGAUGCAGAUGAACCUGUCCAAGGAUCCAUCCCGCGUCCCCGACGUCGCACAUUACCUCACUGAAGACGUCGAAGAAUCGACCGACAGCUGGACCUGGCUCUCCGGGGACAGUAUCCUGGCCAUCGUGGCCGGCAGCGAGCCCACCGCCGCCGUGCUGGUCGGCCUGUUCUCCUGCCUCGCUCGCCACCCCAUCCACGCUGAGACUAUCCACGCCGAGCUCCCGGGCGUCGACAUCACGGACCCGAUCGCCCUCUCGAAGCGCUGUCCGCAUCUCGAAGCGACCAUCAUGGAAGCAUUGAGACUCUUCCCUGCGCUUCCGACCGCGGGGCUGCGCAAGACGCUGGACGAGGGGGUCGUCAUCGCGGGGAGAUAUAUCCCGCCGCAGACGACAAUUGUGGCCCCGCGGUGGUUGAUUGUUCGACGAGAAGACUGCUUCACCCGCGCCACAGAAUUCAUCCCCGAACGAUGGUACAAGCAUCCCGAGAUGGUGAGGAAUAAAGCGGCGUAUAACCCUUUCGGACUUGGCCACAACAGCUGUCUCGGCAAGACCCUCGCGACGGACUACCUCCGUCUAGUGACCGCCCGUCUAGUGAGCAAGUACCACAUCCGGCUCCCGGAGGGCGAGACAACCGACGAGGUGGUGGGGGAUCUGAGGGAUCGGUUUGCGUCCAGACCCGGGCGGUUGAGGUUGCGGUUGGAGGUGAGGUGAGAUGAGG